CGGAAGCCAGGAUGAUAGAGACGCGCGGCCUCGGCUGCACUCGCUGGCGGCGGGAGAGCGGCCGGCUAGGUGAGCGGCUGGCGCAGGCCCCUGGCGGGCAGGCGGCACACCCCAUGCCCGAGACCCGAACCUGAGCACGGAGGGUUCGAGUCCCGCCUUGUCCGGGGUGCAGCCGGGGAUAGACCUCGCGGCGUCGCACCCGCCCUCUGAGCGCCUGCCUCCCUUUGCCAGGACCAGGACCAGGUGGCGGAGGCAGCCCUCGUGGAGCCCCCAGUCCGGGCAGCGGACGGGCGGACGAUGAGUGAUAAACUCGACAGUGAAGGCCCUGUGCCCAUGGAAGGCUGCAGCCAGGACAGCAACAGUGCCCAGGGCAGCCCUGAAGCCCUAGCCCCUCAGGAGGAAGAGGAGGAGGAGGAAGGUGGGGCUGGGGUGGCUGCAGAGUCUGUACCUCAGCCUGGGCUCUACAGCUACAUCAGGGACGACUUGUUUACCUCGGAGAUCUUCAAGUUGGAGCUGCAGAAUGUGCCUCGCCACGCCAGCUUCAGUGAUGUCCGACGCUUUCUGGGCCGCUUUGGCCUACAGCCUCAUAAGACCAAACUCUUUGGGCAACCUCCCUGCGCCUUUGUGACAUUCCGUAGCGCCGCUGAGCGGGACAAGGCCCUGCGCGUGCUGCACGGUGCCCUCUGGAAGGGCCGUCCACUCAGCGUGCGCUUGGCCCGACCCAAGGCUGAUCCCAUGGCCAGAAAGAGGCGGCGUGAGGAUGAGGGUGAGCCCACGGCCACAUGCAUCGCAGAUGUAGUGACCCCACUUUGGACCGUGCCCUAUGCUGAGCAGCUUGAGCGGAAGCGGUUGGAGUGCGAGCAGGUGCUACAGAAGCUCGCCAAGGAAAUUGGGAGCACCAACCGCGCCCUGCUGCCCUGGCUGCUCUCACAGAGGCACAAGCACAACAAGGCCUGCUGCCCGCUGGAGGGGGUUAGGCCAUCACCCCAGCAGACCGAAUAUCGUAAUAAGUGUGAGUUUCUGGUUGGCGUCGGGGUGGACGGGGAGGACAACACAGUCGGCUGUCGGCUUGGCAAGUACAAGGGCGGGACAUGUGCUGUGGCAGCCCCCUUUGACACCGUGCACAUCCCUGGGGCCACCAAGCAGGUGGUGAAGGCUUUCCAGGAGUUCAUCCGGUCCACUCCAUACUCAGCGUACAACCCAGAGACAUACUCAGGCCACUGGAAGCAGCUGACUGUGCGCACCAGCCGCCGUGGCCAAGCCAUGGCCAUUGUUUACUUCCACCCCCAGAAGCUGAGCCCUGAGGAACUGGCUGGGCUGAAGGCCUCCUUGGCACAGCACUUCAUGGCAGGGCCAGGCAAGGCCACUGGGGUGACCUGCCUCUACUUUGUAGAGGAGGGACAGCGAAAGACUCCCAGUCUGGAGGGCCUGCCCCUGGAGCACGUGGCUGGAGACCGAUGCAUCCACGAGGACCUGCUGGGGUUGACCUUCCGGAUCUCCCCUCAUGCCUUCUUUCAGGUGAACACCCCGGCAGCCGAGGUGCUCUACACAGUCAUCCAGGACUGGGCCCAGCUGGACACAGGGAGCACAGUGCUAGACGUGUGCUGCGGCACUGGCACCAUUGGCCUGGCACUGGCCCCGAAGGUGAAGAGAGUUGUAGGAAUUGAGCUGUGCCAGGAGGCUGUGGAAGAUGCCCGGGUGAAUGCCCAAGACAAUGGGACUUCAGGACACCAGGCAAAGCCCUGUGGGGGAGAGUGUCCUUGGUCCCCUGACAGGGCUGUCAUGCCAUGUCCAGAGUUGAGCAAUGUUGAGUUCCAUUGUGGGAGAGCCGAGGACCUGGUGCCCGCUCUGGUGAGCAGACUGGCCUCCCAGCAGCUCGUUGCCAUCCUGGACCCUCCUCGUGCUGGCCUGCAUUCCAAAGUGAUCCUGGCUGUCCGAAGAGCCGAGAACCUCAAACGGCUCCUGUACGUCUCUUGCAACCCCCGGGCAGCCAUGGGCAACUUUGUCGACCUCUGCAGGGCCCCAUCUAAUCGGGUGAAGGGCACUCCCUUCCGGCCUGUCAAGGCUGUGGCCGUGGACCUGUUCCCGCAGACCCCGCAUUGUGAGAUGCUCAUCCUGUUUGAGAGGGUGGAGUACCCCAAUGGCACAGGGGCCCUGGAGCCCCAGGACCCUCCAGCCCAGCCCCCACCAGGGUCCCCAGAUGAUAACCUGCAGGAAACUGGGGCUUCCACCUCUUCCUAGGUCCCUGGAGCACUAGAAACUUGCCCUUUCAGAAUAGGGCCCGGUCUUCAUCACCGGGGCAGAAGCCAAGGGGCUCCCCAAGUCCUUGCCUCACCUCAGGAUGCUCAGGCAAGCACCUAGAGAGCAUGAGACACAGCUGCCCCAACCAGGGUCAGCCUGUCCCCAUGGACCCUAGGCUCUUGUCCCCUACCACUCCCCCCCCCCCCCUCUUCCCAAGUUCCUUUUGGGCUAGCUGGGGCACAGGGUCAGAAUAAACCAUUGCUGAACUAC